AUGGCAACCAGGAGGUACCGGAGCACCGUACUUCUGUACCAUCAGAUUUCAUCUCCGAAACGGAGACUUGUGAAUGACGUAGAGAAGUCUGCUCGCCUGUGCCGCUCCGGCCUCCUUCCCCCAAAGCAGGCACUAGCAGUUGCACGGAUCCGCAGUCCUAACCCUGAACAGAGAUCAGGUGUGCCGCCUCCCCCAAGCACGACGGGUUGGCUUGGCGUCUGGGCAAUUGGCCACACGUUGGAGCCAGGAGCCCGCAGCCUCAUCCCAAUAAUCCCGUUCGCCUUUUUUGACCGCCAGCUUCGAGCACCGACAUUUCUUUUCGACUGUCCGAUUGCCGAAUCAAGCAUCCCAGUCCCGGCCACAUUGAACCGGGACGCCGGCCUGCAUUACGGCAUCGACCCCACUUGGGCGCAUCAACUUCGUUCGACUCGGGCUCUGGGACGUGGAAUCAAGCACGCAGCCAACAUUCUACACAGUACCAUUCGCCGCCACUGCCAGUUGCCCAAGGUGGCUUCCGGAUCCUCAACCCUGGCAUCCUCAGGUGCCGCCCAAAUCGCCGGGCACAUUGCAAACCUAACCUCCAACCUGGUCAAUCAACUACCGCCCUCCGUCCAGACGACCAUCGACAGCGCCUCCCAGUAUAUUGAGUCAACUACAGGUCUCAACCCGACCAUCCUCUACAGCAGCGCAGCCGCCGCCCUAGUGCUCGGCGCGAUACCCACUGUCUACGCCAAGUCGACCUCUUCCAGGACGGACAAGGGCAAGGACGCCAGCGGGAAGAAGAUGUCUCGGUAUGGCUGGUCAGGCCGUGACCGAGGUGGCCUCUCGCCCUUCAAUUCGAGCUUGGGAAGAGAUGGUGUGCCUGCGGUGACAGACGAGGAUUACAGCUAUAUCACGUCUGAGGACCUGGAGAAUCAUGGCGUGGAAGGAAGGGACUACAAGAGGGAGCCGGUGGACAGGAGCCGACACUACAACACACGCUCGGCCGGCGGCCCCUCCUUGGUGAUCGACGAGGACGACAUCCUGCUCAUCAAGAGCAAGGGCGUCACCUACCCGGAACACUUCCCCGCGUAUAGCAUCGGCGACGGCAAGCUGCUGGUGGGCGACGUACGGGAGCGGGCGCAGAUGGUCAUGAAGCUGUCGGACCGGAAAGCCCGCAAGAUAAAGCUGCUGUACAAGGGCCGCCAGCUGAAGAUCGAUGACGAGCCAAUAUGUGAGUUUGGCGUCAAGAACAACAGUGAGAUCAUGGUCGUUUUCCCGGACGGCGACGACGACUCGAGCACGGAGAGCAGCGAAGAGGUUGUCGUCGUGGACAAGGACGCCGACGGUGGCCGGCCCAGGAAGUCCAAGAGUGGCAAGAAGAGGAGAAGCAAGAAGAAGGAUAGAAGCAGCACCAGCCCCCGCGACAGUAAUCUCGAGGUCCCGAGGAACGACGGCGCCGGCUCGAGCAGACCGCAGUCUCCGGCUUCGGGCGUCUCGGGCGGCGGCGCGGCCGCGGCGCCGGGUGGACCAAUCGACAAGCUCAACACCAUCAAGUCACACUUCACCACGCAGCUGCUGCCGCUCUGCCUGCAGUACACUGCGAACCCUCCGUCGGACGCAAAGAAGAGCGAAGAUGAGCACCGCAAACUGUCGGAGACGGUCAUGCAGCAGGUGUUGCUAAAGCUGGACGAGGUUGAGACAAAUGGUGACGAGGAUGCGCGGGCCAAGAGGAAGGAGCUCGUGCGCAUGGUCCAGGAUGUUCUCAAGGGACUUGACGAUGCGAAGGGGUCCUGA